AUGGGAGGCAAGACGAAAGGAAAGGGCAAGAAGGCCGCUGAAUCGCCCUCGCCAGCGCAGUCCCCUCAAACUUCCCGCAAUGCCGCCAGCUCCCCUUCCGCGUCCCGCGCCGAAUCCUCGUCGAGCGCCCAAAUGCCCGCGUGCUUCGACGACUUGUUCGGCGGAAAGAGACUAGACGUGAAAAUCUCUGCAAUAGAUGACGUGGCGGCUCGAGACACGUCAGCAGCCGCCCAGAUAUGGCUCCAUCCUGCAGCGAUGACGGCUGAUGACGUGGCCGUGGGCGACAUGGUCGCGGGUCCAGGGUUUGGGACUUAUCCGUGGCUUUGGUACGGCAUCAAGCCUCCGCGGGGGAUAUUAUUGCACGGGCCGCCCGGCACGGGCAAGACGUCGUUGGCUCGGGCGGUGGCGGCGGAGGCGGGGGUGGCGUUGUUUGUCAUUAAUGGGCCGGAGCUCGUGAGCGAGUUCUUUGGGGAGAGCGAGGAGGCUCUUAACGAGGUGUUCUCCGCUGCCCAGGAGGCUGCACCGUCGAUUUCCCUGCCGGAGCUCGUGAGCGAGUUCUUUGGGGAGAGUGAGGAGGCUCUUAACGAGGUGUUUUCUGCUGCACAGGAGGCUGCACCAUCCAUUGUGAGUGACGUACUUGACACCUCCGCCCCACCAGAAGCUGGCCCGGAGCUCGUGAGCGAGUUCUUUGGGGAGAGCGAGGAGGCUCUUGACGAGGUGUUCUCAGCCGCCCAGGAGGCUGCGCCAUCCAUUGUGUUUAUUGACGAGCUGGACGCCAUAGCCCCCGCCAGAACUCGAGACGCAGAGGACCUGUCUCACCGCAUGGUGGCCGCCCUUCUCACCAUCCUUGAUGGCACCUAUGAGCUAGAUGCCAUAGCCCCCGCCAGAACGCGUGAUGCAGAGGACCUGUCUCACCGCAUGGUGGCCGCCCUUCUCACCAUCCUUGAUGGCACCGCCUCAAGUGCUGGAGAUGGGGGAGCAGGGCAAGGCGAAGGAAGAGGGGGCAAAAGAGGAGAAGGGGAAGGAGGGGUGGGAGGGAAGGAAAAGAGGGCGGUGGCAUUGGGGAGGGGUGUGGUGGUGAUUGGGGCGACCAACCGCGUGAAUGCGAUUGACCCGGCACUUAGGCGACCAGGGAGGUUCGAUCGAGAGGUGGAGAUUGGCAUCCCCACUCCUUCCGACCGCCUCGCAAUCCUCGGCACCCAUCUGUCCCGCAUGGCGCACGCGCUGUCACCCGAGGCCAUCCACGUCAUCGCCAGCUCAGCAACGCACGGAUUCGUCGGUGCUGACAUCAGCGCGUUGUGCUCCGAAGCUGCUGUAGCAGCGCUGAGGCGAAUCGUGGAGGAGAAAGAGAGGCAGGGAGGGACGACACGUGGCGAGGGCAGGGAGAGAGACCAGAACUUGUGUGACGAGGACUUUGAAGUGGCCCGGCGUCGCAUUCGACCCAGCGCUCUCAGAGAGGUAGCAGUGGAGGUGCCAACAGUGCGGUGGAGUGACAUUGGAGGACUUGAAGGCAUAAAUCAGCGGUUGAAAGAAGCAGUGGAGUGGCCGUACACGCGUGCACAUGAGAUGAGAGCCAUUGGCGCCACACCCCCCUGUAACACGGGUGAUGAGUGCACCACCCCCCUCUCCCCCUCCUACCAGGUAGCAGUGGAGGUGCCAGCAGUGCGGUGGACGGACAUUGGAGGGCUGGAAGGCAUCAAACAAAGAUUGAAAGAAGCAGAGGAGUGGCCGUACACGCGUGCACAUGAGAUGAGAGCCAUUGGCGCCACACCCCCCUGUAACACGGGUGAUGAGUGCAACAUCCCCCUCUCCCCCUCCUACCAGGUAGCAGUGGAGGUGCCAGCAGUGCGGUGGACGGACAUUGGAGGGCUGGAAGGCAUCAAACAAAGAUUGAAAGAAGCAGAGGAGUGGCCGUACACGCGUGCACAUGAGAUGAGAGCCAUUGGCGCCACACCCCCCUGUAACACGGGUGAUGAGUGCACCAUCCCCCUCUCCCCCUCCUACCAGGUAGCAGUGGAGGUGCCAGCAGUGCGAGCCAUUGGCGCCACACCCCCCUGUAACACGGGUGAUGAGUGCACCAUCCCCCUCUCCCCCUCCUACCAGGUAGCAGUGGAGGUGCCAGCAGUGCGGUGGACGGACAUUGGAGGGCUGGAAGGCAUCAAACAAAGAUUGAAAGAAGCAGAGGAGUGGCCGUACACGCGUGCACAUGAGAUGAGAGCCAUUGGCGCCACACCCCCCUGUAACACGGGUGAUGAGUGCACCAUCCCCCUCUCCCCCUCCUACCAGGUAGCAGUGGAGGUGCCAGCAGUGCGAGCCAUUGGCGCCACACCCCCCUGUAACACGGGUGAUGAGUGCACCAUCCCCCUCUCCCCCUCCUACCAGGUAGCAGUGGAGGUGCCAGCAGUGCGGUGGACGGACAUUGGAGGGCUGGAAGGCAUCAAACAAAGAUUGAAAGAAGCAGUGGAGUGGCCGUACACGCGUGCACAUGAGAUGAGAGCCAUUGGCGCCACACCCCCCUGUAACACGGGUGAUGAGUGCACCAUCCCCCUCUCCCCCUCCUACCAGGUAGCAGUGGAGGUGCCAGCAGUGCGGUGGACGGACAUUGGAGGGCUGGAAGGCAUCAAACAAAGAUUGAAAGAAGCAGUGGAGUGGCCGUACACGCGUGCACAUGAGAUGAGAGCCAUUGGCGCCACACCCCCCUGUAACACGGGUGAUGAGUGCACCAUCCCCCUCUCCCCCUCCUACCAGGUAGCAGUGGAGGUGCCAGCAGUGCGGUGGACGGACAUUGGAGGGCUGGAAGGCAUCAAACAAAGAUUGAAAGAAGCAGUGGAGUGGCCUGGAGGUGCCAGCAGUGCGGUGGACGGACAUUGGAGGGCUGGAAGGCAUCAAACAAAGAUUGAAAGAAGCAGUGGAGUGGCGCGUGCACAUGAGAUGAGAGCCAUUGGCGCCACACCCCCCUGUAACACGGGUGAUGAGUGCACCAUCCCCCUCUCCCCCUCCUACCAGGUAGCAGUGGAGGUGCCAGCAGUGCGGUGGACGGACAUUGGAGGGCUGGAAGGCAUCAAACAAAGAUUGAAAGAAGCAGUGGAGUGGCCGUACACGCGUGCACAUGAGAUGAGAGCCAUUGGCGCCACACCCCCUCGUGGGCUGCUGCUCUAUGGACCUCCGGGGUGCAGCAAGACGCUCUUAGCUAAGGCAGUGGCAACAGAAGCUAGGCUCAACUUUCUUGCAGUCAAGGGUCCGGAGCUGCUCUCCAAGUGGGUGGGCGAGUCCGAACGAGCCGUCCGAACCUUGUUCUCCCGAGCCAAGGCGGCAGCUCCGGCAAUCGUGUUCUUUGAUGAGAUCGAUGGGCUGGCAGUGGCGCGCAGCAAGGGAAGAGGAGGAGGAGCAUCGGGAGGCGUGGGGGACAGAGUGAUGACCCAGCUGCUGCUAGAGAUGGACGCCCUCACCCCAUCCACUCAAGUCACUGUGAUCGCAGCAACCAACCGGCCAGACCUCUUAGACCGAGCCCUCCUGAGGCCCGGCCGUUUUGACCGCCUCCUUUUCGUCCCGCCGCCCGACCUCGCCGCCCGGGAGAAGAUCUUCGCACUCUGCCUGCGCAGCACGCCGCUGCAUGCUGACGUGGACGCCUGCCAGCUCAGCGGCCAGCUGGCGGCGAGGAGCGAGGGCGCUGGAGGUGAGCUGGCAGUGGGUGGGGAUGAGCUGGCAGUGGGUGGGGAUGAGCUGGCAGUGGGUGGGGAUGAGCUGGCAGUGGAUGGGGAUGAGCUGGCAGUGGGAGCGUCGAUUCGCAGAGAUAGAGCGUCGGCUCACAGAUAG